UCUCUCCUCCAAUCACGUGGCGGCUCUGGCUCCAUGCGCCUCCUCACUAGUAUGGCGGAGCACGGAGCAGGAAUUCCGCAUAUGCGCCUCUGACAGCGUCGUUGAUGUGGAAACACCGGUGAUGAGCGUCCUCGGGCCGGACACGCUCACACUUGCUGCCCGGAGAACAGCCGCCAUCCCCCGGACUCUGAGCUGAGUGAGAGCCGUCAGACGGUGGAUGAAGUCCUGGGUGCUGAUGCUCUGAGUCUGCGCCUCCUUCUCCACCUGAACCGAGAGGAUCAACAGGAGCAGCUCCCUGUCACCUCGCCUCCAACACCAUGGAUGUGCUGUGGAUGCUGCGGGUGGACGAGCUGUCUCACGCUCUGGCGAACUUGUCCAUGUUUCCGUUCUUUGACGUGGCGCACUACGUCGUGUCCGUCAUGGCUCUGAGGGAGCAGCCAGGAGCUCUGGAGGUGUCCAGGGUCAGCCCCUUGGCCUGUUGGUUCAGUUCCAUGCUCUUCUGUUUCGGCGGAGCUGUCCUGUCUGGGAUCAUGCUGGCCGAGCCCCCCAUAGCGCCUCUGACCAACAGCACCAGUGUUCUGCUUGCCUCGGUCAUCUGCCCCACUAAGAUCACCCUGAUCGGGGCGGUGCUGUUCACUCUGCAGCAGACCCACUACCUGCCUCUGCAGAAGCACCACCUGAUGCUUCUCUACACCGCCUUCACCGUCGUCAACAAGACGAGGAUGAUGCUGACCGGGUCCAACGUUUCGCCGUUUGCUGUCAUCGAAUCAGCCGUUUACAAGACCCUCUUCACGGGCUACUCCCCUUACGCCGCCCUCACUGGCGAGGAGCAGAAAACAUGUAUAGAUACCAGCAGGACAAGUGGGACGUCGUCCUCCCUCGCCAAAACCAAAGAGUCCAAUGGGAAGGGAGCAGCAGGGAAACGCACCCCGGCUCCACAAAGUGAAUCACUCGAAGCCAAAAAGGAAUCAGAGAACACGGAGACGACAAACUGCAAGAAGAUGAACUAGUCAGCCUCUGCCCCGUAGCACCUUUUCACCUCUACGCUGGGUGGUGGAGUCACUUCUGAUUCAACAUUUUCUCAUCUGUUUUUCUUUUUAGCAAAAAAAAAAAAGAGUUUUCAUUCCAUUUUUUUCUAUUCAUUUCAUUUAUUUUACUUCUAAUUUAAAUCCAACUGAUGAAGAAGUGACUCCAACCAACCCUGUACCUUAUUCUGGGACAAUCACCCCAUCCUUAAAAGUACUGUGAUACUUCUGCUGUUCGAUAUGAACAACACACUGUCCUCGGGCUUAUUGCACACUCGCAGUACAAAUGUGUAGCUUGUUUUUAAUCUAUAUUUAUAAUGAGAGGAAACUGUUGAUUGUAUCUCUGGGUUUUGGGAACAGUGCUGUGCACCUGCUGAUCUAAGAAUGUCUCCAUCUUUCUGUGUGCUUCAUUGAAACGCUAUAUUUCCUACACUGAAAUAUUUUUAAAAGAGAGAUUAUAUUCUAUAACACUCAGAUAUUUAAUUCUAUUUAUACAAAAUAAGUAUGAUUGCACUUGAAUCUAUAAGAAGUUUGAAAUUGAACAUUGUUUCCUUGGUGAAUGCUUUGAAUUACAUCUGAAAGCAUGACAAUAAACAGGUUUAAAUGCGGUAAA